AUGGCGUUGGAUAACUACUAUCGCAACAAGAUUGAGGGGAUGAAGCUCGAGAUUAUUCAGGGCCAGGCAGUUCUGCGUCGACUUGAGGCACAGCGUAAUGACUACAACUCGCGAGUGCGUCUCUUGCGGGAGGAGCUCGGUCUGCUCCAGCAACCUGGCUCCUACGUCGGCGAAGUGGUGAAGGUGAUGAGCACAAAGAAGGUGCUAGUGAAGGUACAUCCGGAAGGGAAAUACGUGGUCGAUAUCGCGGACAGCGUGGACAUUAGCAAGCUCACCGUGGGCAAGCGAGUGGCCCUUCUUUCGGACUCUUACAAAUUGGAAAAGAUGUUGCCUUCUUCGGUUGACCCCUUGGUAUCACUGAUGAUGGUGGAGAAGGUGCCAGACAGCACCUACGACAUGAUCGGUGGUCUAGACCAGCAGAUCAAGGAAAUCAAGGAGGUGAUCGAGCUCGGUCUCAAGCAUCCGGAGCUAUUCGAGUCUCUUGGUAUUGCACAACCGAAAGGUGUCCUGCUGUACGGACCUCCCGGUACUGGUAAGACGCUGCUGGCCCGAGCCGUGGCCCAUCACACCGACUGCCGAUUCAUUCGAGUGAGUGGCUCGGAGCUGGUGCAGAAGUACAUCGGCGAAGGUAGCCGUAUGGUGCGAGAGCUGUUCGUAAUGGCCCGAGAACACGCACCGAGUAUCAUCUUCAUGGACGAGAUCGACAGCAUUGGAUCCAGCCGUAUUGAUUCGGCGGGAGGCGGUGACUCGGAAGUGCAACGGACCAUGCUGGAAUUGCUGAACCAGCUGGACGGAUUCGAGCCCACGAAAAACAUCAAGAUUAUUAUGGCCACCAACCGAUUGGAUAUCCUGGACCCAGCCCUGCUGCGGCCCGGGCGAAUUGACCGAAAGAUUGAAUUCCCUCCGCCCUCUGUCGAGGCCCGUGCCGACAUUCUACGGAUCCACUCUCGUUCCAUGAACCUGACUCGUGGAAUCAACCUGACCAAGAUCGCGGAGAAGAUGAAUGGAUGCUCCGGAGCCGAGCUGAAGGGAGUAUGUACCGAGGCAGGUAUGUAUGCACUGCGUGAGCGCCGGGUCCAUGUAACACAGGAAGACUUCGACCUGGCCACCGCCAAGAUUCUCAACAAGCACGACGACAAGGAAGUCGCGGUGUCGAAGUUGUGGAAGUAA